AUGACCAACACGGUCGCCGCGACGCUCGCGCUCAUUGCGCUCGUCGUCGGUCCCGCGCGUGCUGUUCAGCCGCAACGGAUGAUUAUGCACGAAGGGCUGCUGCUGGGCAAGCUGAGCGCCCUGCCACCAUGGCUGUCGGCGCUCGGCGUCUCCCUGGUCGGUCACGAAAAGGCGCAGCACAUGGUGCGGAGCAUGUCAAAGGUGACGGCCAUCAGCACGCUGGGCGUCACGGUGAAUGUGACGGCUCUUGCCAAGGACGACACCAUCGGGCGCCUCCAGAAAGAGUUUGCAAACCGCCGUGACGCUUGGGGACGCGAUUGUGGGGAAUGUGACGACUAUGGACUUCGCCAUCUCACCUCGCCCAUGCCUCUCAUCCUUGACGUCGGCGGAAACAUUGGCUUCAUCUCCUCUCUCAUCGCACGUGUGCACCCCCAGUCGCAAGUCAUCGCCUUCGAGCCCUCACCAGUCACCUACUUCAUCCUCCGCAUCAACUUCUGGCUCAACGGCGUCCAUGUGCUAACAACGGAAGAGCUCCAGGGGCGCCCGAAGAUCGGAGGCGUAUACCCAGUCUUUGGCGGGUUGGGAGCCAGUCGGGCGCCGUUCGAGUGGCUCGAGGUGGCAGGCAAUGCGCUCGCUCAGAGCCAGAACGUGAACAUCAGCUUCGGCAAGUCAGGCGAGGUGCCCGUCUACCAUUGGGAGAGUUUCAUGGAGUUGCAUGGCCUCACGUCUCGUACCUUCGACUUGGUCAAACUCGAUUGUGAAUGCUGCGAGUAUUUCCUGGUGCCGCAGGUUAGCAAGUGGAUCACGAACAGAUCAUUGGUCAAGCGCCUCGCAGGCGAGUUGCAUGGCCCAUGCCAUGCGGUCGGCGAGACGGAAACGCUGUCUCUCCUCCGCUCCCGAGGGUGCCAAUUCCAUUCUCGGAAUUUCCUUGCAACGGACAAGGAGAGGAUCGCGAUGGCGAGACUUGAGAAACAGAUCAACAGGCUUGAGAAACAUGCUCAUGAGCUUCCGACGGGCGCAACGGCGCAAGGAAGGGACACACGGGAGAGGUUGGCGGAGUUCCAGCGACGGGUGGCCACGGGAAAUUUCCAUGGGACGGCGGAUCUCGCCCUAUUUUGCCAUGGGGACACUGGCUACUUGCCCCCUCCUUAA